AUGAAUCACAAAGAACACCGUACCCUCCGCCGGGCCUUGGAACGAGAGCAGGCACAGUCCCAAACGAAUGCAGAGGACGCUGGUGAGGAGGUUCAGCAAGAGGUGGGUCCUUCCACUUCAAACAUGGAGCCACAGGUUCAGCAAGAACAACCUGAAGUCCAUGAAGAAUCCACAAACCAGAAUCCGACUGAUCGAUCCCGAGAGGAAAUAGACCGGCUUAAACUGCGUGUACAAAUGGAAUAUGAGGAGAGGUACAAGGCCCACGUGAUUAUUGCAACAAUGACGUCACAGCACACGGAACAACUGAAAGCUAAAGACGCUAUAAUCCGUCGUCUCAGAAAAGGGAAAAAUUAUGUGUUUAGUGGCCUCCACGAAAAGGCCCAGCAGGCGGUACAGGACGAGAUUCGACACCAGGCUACUGCCAACUCUUUCCUCCGCGGGCAAGUGGAAAGUUUAAAGAGCCAGAACCAGGCUAAUGUCCAGUCUCUCCAGGACCAGAUCUCUAUUUUAAAUCAGGAACUGAAAAAGGAGCAGGAGGAGAAUAAAAACCUGAAGUCCUCCUUAGAGAUCAUGGAAGCCCUGGAGAGGGAGAGGCAGCAGCUGACAACAGAGGUGUCAGGCCUGAAGCGAGCUCUGGGUGAUAAUCAAACUCUGCAGCAGGAGAAGGUGGACCUACAGUCUGCAGUGAAAGACCUGAGGGUAAACCUGAGCCAGGAGAAGAAAGUCACUGACGUCCUCCGCUCAAAAGUGAAUGAUCUCAGCCACAAGAUACAGGAGCAGGAGGAGAUAAGUCAGGCUUUGAACCAGAAAGUCAUAACACAGACGAGUACUUUCAGGACUGCAAUCGAGAGAUGUCAAACUGCCAUCACCUGUGCUGCGGCUCAAAAAGAUCAACUCGCAGUGACAGUGGACAACACUAAACAGGAAAUGGAGGUAUUGAAACUCAAACACUCAGAUGAGAUGAGUGCAGAGCAGCAGCAGAGGAGCCUCCUGCAGGAGAGGAUUGAGGAGCUGUCGAAGGCUCUGAGCGCCUCAGACCUGGAGAACCACCGUGCCGCCUCUGCCGAAGCAGAGACUGGAGCUGCAGGAGGCUCUCAGAGCAAAAGAGGAGCUGCAGGAAACUCUCAGAACAAAGGAGGAGGAGCUGCAGGAGACUACCAGUCAGAAGAGGAGGAGGGUCUGCUGUGGCUGUUAAGCGUAAGACGAGGUGUUAGAGUUCCACACACAGACCAGGAGACAGUACGUCCUGAGGACUCAGUCCGGGCCGAUCCGAUCCAUGUUUCUCACAGGCCCUUGGACCAUCCCUGCUGUGAGGGAGCAGCUGAAAAGUCGAACCUCUGCUUCAACAACAGGUCCAUCCUCUGGAGAGAACAGAUCUGA